AUGCCCACCGGCCCGCCCGCCGACAAGUCCAGGCAAACGUCCGCUGGGAAGUCCUUUUUUGGGAGGAAACUGUACAAGGAGAGGCCGGGAGAUGAGCGCUCUGAUGGAUACGGGGGUUCCUACGACAGCCUCGCGCCGCCCGCUAGUGUGGCCGGUUCUCGCUCGUCACGAUACUCGAAGCGCUCGUCAAUCCAAUCUGUCGAUAUGACUGGAGACAUAGACCCUGCCAGCCUCGCUCCCACGUCCGGAGUCAUCACGUCCAUUCCCUACGACAGUAUGCCCUCCGACACGAAAACACCUACCUCGAUCGAAAGCAUGUCCCGCCCUGACUCCUCCCGCCACGAACCCUCGCCCAACAACCUUGGCAAGUCUGGUGGUGACUUCCACCAAUAUCCUACCUGGACGUCUUCCUCUGCGCCGAACGGAUACACCUCCCAUCCCUCCGGCCCUCGCCCACCCCCUCACACCUCGGGCAUGACCAUGACCGGCAGUACAUCCGGAGACCGGGGCACACGAUACCAACAAUGGGGUCGCCCUGGUAGUUCCGCCGCGAAUCACUCGAUAGACUCAUCCUCCAAUUCUCGCACAUCACUUGAUCAGACCAGUUUAUAUUCGUCGCAUUCUUCCAAUACCCGUGGCUCGAACUAUUUCUCCGCUGACGGCUCCUCCCGCACCCUCACCCCUUCCCAUUCGAGUGACCGCAAUACCAUGUUCCCCGGCGGCAGUUCUGGACGUCUGUCAAACGCCGCAGCCUCGCACCAGCCUAUACCCGCCGCAGUGCCACGUCCAUCGGAUAACUACUUGAGUCGGCCCCGGGACGACCGGAUUGUGGACCAGUUGUUCUUGGAAUUGAUGCAGAAGCGUGGAUGGCAGAAUCUUCCUGAGCAGGCGAAGCGGCAGAUGCUGUCGUAUCCGGCCUCGAAGAAGUGGACCUUGGUGCACCAGGAUCGUUUGACGGAGUUGCAGGGGGAGCAGAGACGAAGACAGAAUGCCCGCCAGACUCAUGGGCAUGAGGGGCUCUCUGGCCUGCUGGAGCGCGCAGAUGAGGAAGGGAGUCCGGAGUGGUAUGUGAAGAAAGUUAUGGAUGAUACGAUUACUUCCAAGCAACUUGCGAGUCUGAGUGUGAGUCUGCGGACGCAGCCGAUCAGCUGGGUGAAAGCUUUCGUCGAAGCUCAGGGUCAAGUUGCCCUUACCAAUGUUCUUCAAAAGAUCAACCGGCGCAAGGCUUCCGGUCCUGUUCCUGCUCCGCCAUCGGGUGAUAAGGACCUGGAUCGUGAAUAUGACAUUGCCAAAUGUUUGAAAGGCCUGAUGAAUAACAAGUAUGGUGCGGACGAUGCUUUGGAACACCAAGGUGUUUUAGUUGCCCUUGUCAACUCGCUUUCAUCCCCUCGCCUCAAUACUCGGAAACUCGUGAGCGAGGUUCUCACCUUCCUGUGCCAUUGGGGCGAAGGUCAAGGUCACCAAAAGGUCCUUCAGUCUAUGGACAAAGUCAAACAUGACCACAAUGAGACCGGCCGAUUCGAUGCGUGGAUGCGUAUCACUGAAGUCACCAUUGAUGGCCGUGGAAAGAUGGGCAGCUUGGUCGGUGCUAGCGAGGAGUACCGCAGCGGUGGCAUUGGCAUGGAGAAUCUGCUGAUGGAGUACGCGGUCUCCACAAUGAUUCUGAUCAACAUGCUCGUCGACGGUGCAGAGAAUGAUCUACAACUGCGAUGCCAUAUCCGCGCGCAAUUCAUCUCAUGUGGUGUCAAGCGGCUCCUCACGAAGAUGGAGGGCUUCCAGUACGAGGUCAUCGAUAAGCAGAUCGAGCGUUUCCGCGAAAACGAGGCCAUCGACUAUGAGGACCUCUUGCAGCGUGAGAACAGUAGUAUGAAGGAUAGCGUCGAGGGCGAGGUCAAGGAUAUGAGUGAUCCCCUCCAAAUUGCGGAUGCUAUUGCCCUUAGGAUUCAGGGUACUCGUGCGCAUGAUUACUUCCUCUCGGCUAUGCAGCAUAUGCUGCUGAUUCGGGAGAAUGCCGGAGAAGAAGGUCUGCGCAUGUUCCAGCUCGUCGACGCUAUGAUGAGCUACGUUGCUAUGGAUCGGAGAUUGCCCGAUUUGGAUCUCCGUCAGGGCUUGAAUUUCACCGUGCAGAGCCUUUUGGAUCGUCUGCACACUGAUGCCGAAGCUAGACGGGUGUACGAUGAAGCCCUGGAGGCGCGCCAGAUCGCCGAGGCUGCCAUCGCGGAGCGUGAUGAGAUGAAAGCCCAGGUGGAACUUGGGGCUGAGGGUCUCGUCAAGAAACUCCAAAAGCAGAUCGAUGAGCAGGCCGGCAUUAUUGAGCUCCAGGGCCGCCAGACUGAGACUCUCAAGGCCGAGGUCGCUGAGGUCCAACGAUUGCGUGCUCAAGAAUUGCAGCGCAAUGAAUUGGAGACCCGUGAGCUGUACCUUAUGCUUCGUGAUGCUCAGGAUAUUGCCGCGUCGAAUGCUAGGAAACAGGCUAAUGCAUCGGAGGCCGGUUCCGCCGAUCCAUCCCAACUGCCGGGUAUUAUGGAUCGCGAGCGUCUCAUGGAGCGCCUUGAGCGCCAGCUUGAGCGGACUAAGACUCAGUUCAAGCUGGAAGGCAAGGUUUGGGGUCAACAUGGUCCGUCUGACCGUCUCCGUGAGCUCCGUGAGCAGAUGGAAGGGGAUGUUGAUGAUAGUGAGGAAUUCGUCGAGUCUACUCGUCGCACCCUGGACCCUGGUUCUCUGGGAUCUGUCUACCGCAAGCGCAGCCAUGUGCCCGGGAUGGACCAGGGCCCGGAUGGUUUGCCCAUGUCUCCCGUCGAUGAGGAUGAAGAGGCUGUGUAUGAGAAGUCUCGCUUGAUUGAGUACCAGCGCCCGCGCAUGAACCCUGCUCAGGCUACUGGCCUGCUUGGUGAACUUGCUUCCAGGGUGCCUAAAUACGAUGACGAGCCUGACGCCGUUGCUGUGGACGAGUCCACGAAGCCCGAGGAUGUUGGUGAUAUUACUCCCACGCCAGAGGAGCCGGUUCCCGAGACCAAGGCAGAGGCGGAUCAAAAAGCAAUGCCACCACCUCCUCCACCUCCUCCUCCACCUCCUCCUCCACCUGGCGGUGCCAAGGCCAUCGUUCCUCCUCCUCCUCCUCCCCCAGGUGGGAAACUUCCUGUUCCUCCACCUCCGCCUCCGCCAGGUGGCGCCAAGGGCAUCCCCGGCCUUCCACCACCACCUCCCCCUCCUGGUGGAAAGAUUGGCAUUCCUCCUCCGCCGCCUCCCCCUGGCGGUGGUAUUGGGCUUCCGCCACCCCCGCCCCCUCCCACUCCUGGACUGACUGGUGGCUUUACUCCUCCCCCUCCUCCACCCCCAAGCGCUCCCUUGGGCGCUGGCUGGAGACCUACGUAUAUGGUUGAUGACGAUUUAUCCUCUUCAAUCACCGGCAUGCCUUCUAUCCGCCCUAAGAAGAAACUUAAGGCUCUGCAUUGGGACAAGGUUGAUACCCCACAGGUAACCGUUUGGGCUGCCCACGCACCGACUCAACAAGAGAAGGAGCAGAAGUAUACCGACCUAGCCAAGAAGGGUGUCCUCGACGAAGUCGAGCGCCUGUUCAUGGCCAAGGAGACUAAGAUCUUCGGAGCAAGCACCGCAGCGAAGCAGCGCAAGGACAAGAAGCAGAUUAUCUCUAAUGAUUUGUCGAAGAAUUUCCAGAUCGCCCUUUCCAAGUUCUCUCAGUUCCCGGCUGAUGAUGUUACUCGCAUGAUCAUUCACUGUGACAAGGAGAUCUUGGAUAAUAUGGUUGUGAUGGACUUUCUGCAAAGAGAUGAGAUGUGCUCGAUCCCGGAGAAUGCUGCCAAGUUGAUGGCUCCGUAUAGUCGUGACUGGACUGUGCCCGGUGCUGCCAGUUCUGAGCGUGAACAGGAUCCGAGUGAACUUACCCGCGAGGAUCAGAUUUAUCUCUCUACUGCUUUCGAGCUGAAUCACUACUGGAAGGCUCGUAUGAGAGCUCUUGCGUUGACACGCUCUUACGAGCACGAGUAUGAGUACAUCUCCACCAGAUUGCAGGAGGUGGUCCGGGUCAGCGAGUCCCUGCGUGACUCGGUGUCUUUGAUGAAUGUUCUCGGUCUCAUUCUGGAUAUCGGUAACUUCAUGAACGACGCCAACAAGCAGGCGCAAGGUUUCAAACUGAGCUCCCUUGCGCGCCUCGGUAUGGUCAAGGAUGACAAGAACGAGACUACCUUUGCAGACCUUGUCGAGCGUAUCGUGCGCAACCAGUACCCCGAAUGGGAGGGUUUCAGCGACGAGAUUGGAGGUGUCGUCGGAUUGCAGAAGGUCAACGUCGACCAGCUGCGUACUGAUUCCAUCAAGUACAUCAGCAAUAUCAAGAACGUGCAGUCUAGUCUGGAUGCGGGUAACCUCAGCGAUCCGAAGAAGUUCCACCCCCAGGAUCGUGUCAGCCAGGUUGUUCAGCGGAGUAUGAAGGAUGCUCGUCGCAAGGCUGAGCAGUUGCAGCUGUACCUGGAUGAGAUGGUCAAGACGUAUGACGAUAUCAUGGUCUUCUACGGCGAGGACAAUACCGAUGAGAAUGCCCGGCGGGACUUCUUCGCGAAGUUGGCUUCGUUCUUGAUGGAAUGGAAGAAAUCGCGCGAGAAGAAUGUUGGUCUGGAAGAGUCCAGGAAGCGCACGGAAGCUUCCCUGGCUCGCAAGCGGAUCAAUGUCAACCUUGCCAAUGGCGCUGCUCCCGAGGCACCCAGUUCGCCUGCUACUAGUGGAGCUAUGGACUCGUUGCUUGAGAAGUUGCGGGCUGCUGCGCCUCAAGCUAAGGAUGUGCGAGAUCGUCGCCGUCGUGCUCGUCUUAAGGAACGUCAUCAAGUUCGCGUUGCUUCUGGUCAGAAGGUGCCUGAUUUCUCGGGUGCCGAGGGAGGUGAUGGGUCAGAACAGCCUGCUGAUGGCAGUGCCCAAACAGAUGAGGAUGGCCUGCUGAGCCCGCCCAUUCCCGGAGAGGGUGAAGAAGGCGCUAAAGACGCUCAGAUUUCAGAAGGCGAGGAUGUUGCUGACCGCGCCGCCAGUAUGCUCCUAGGUUUGAGGAGCAACUCUGAUGCCAACGGGGAGCGCCAGCGUCGCCGGCGGGAAAGUGCCGAUGAAGAACGUCGUCAACGCCGUAUGAGACGACGUAAUGGUGCAACGAGCGGGAGCAAAGACAGCGCCGAUGGCUCUGGAUCUGGUCUCGCACCCGUCCACGAACCGACCUCCCCAUCACGGACGGACUCUCCCGGCGGUACUGACGACCAGCCACUGCCGAGCCCUCUGCAAGAUGAAUCCAAGCCCUUGGGGCCUCCCGAGAUUGUUGUUUCUGAACAGCAUGACGAUGGUGCACCCGAACAAGAUUCCCAGGCUGACGGAUCAUCUGCCAGCCAUGCGAUUGAACUAUCGGAUUGA